UUGCAUUCCAUCGAUCUCGCACCCAGGAUCGACAAUCGAGAGAGCAAGCGCAAAGCACGAACUGCCUCCAUCUUUAUUUUUAGCUACUAGCUAGGCACCUGCAGAUUGCUGAUCGAGAUCUAGAUUCUAGAUCGACGAUCGAGCGUUGUCGUCUAGCUAGCUACGUACACAGCCUGUCGUCAGAUCGUUUACAGGUGGUGGUCUACCAAGGCCCGCCGGCGCCAUGAUCCCGGGGUCGGCCGUGUACCACGUCGUGGAGGCGAUGGCGCCGCUGUACACGGCGGCGGUGCUGGGCUACGCGUCCGUACGGUGGCUCAAGGCCUUCUCCGACGAGCAGUGCGCGGGGAUCAACCACUUCGUCGCGCUCUACGCUGUGCCGGUCCUCAUCUUCCACAUGGUCUCCACCAACGACCCCUACCACAUGAACGAGCGCCUCAUCGCCGCCGACACGCUGCAGAAGGCCAUCAUGCUGCUCGCCCUCACGGCCUGGGCCUUCUGGUCCCACUACCGCGGCCGCCGCCGCGGCGGCGCCAAGGACGACGGGGCGGCGCCGCUGUCGCCGAUCAAGUGGGUGGUCACCAACUUCUCCGUCGCGUCGCUGCCCAACACUAUCAUCAUGGGCGUGCCGCUGCUCGACGGCAUGUACGGGUCCGUGUCCGGGGGCCUCAUGAAGCAGAUCGUCGUCAUGCAGUUCUGCAUCUGGUACAACGUCGUCAUCUUCCUCUACGAGUUCAUGGCGGCGCGGGACAGCAGCGCCAAGAUCAGCCCCGUGUCAGUGGCGGCGGCGGCGGCGGCCGGGAACCGCGACCGCAUCGGCGAGAACGGCGGAAGCAUUCAUGCCGAGGGUAGUCGGCACCAGGUGGUCGUCAACAUUGAGAUCACCGAGGCGGCGGCGGCGGCGGCGGCGGCGGCUGCGUCGCCCGCGGCACCAGACAGCCGCGCGGCCGAAGAGACGGCGGCGGCGGCGGCGGUCGCGAAGGAGCUGACCGCGGAUGCAGAUGCUAAUAAUGCUAAGGCCGCCGAGGAGGUGCCGGCUGUCCCGCCGCCAGCGCCGGCCCAGCAGGUGCCGCCGGUUAUGCACGUCGUAUGGAUGGCGGUGAAGAAGCUUCUCCAGAUUCCCAACACCUACGCGAGCUUCCUUGGCCUCAUCUGGUCUCUCAUGGCAUUCAAGAUUGGAUUCUCGAUGCCGAAAAUUGUUGACGACUCUCUGUUCGUCAUCUACACAACCGCCGUUGGGUUGAGCAUGUUCGCUUCAGGUACGUUCAUUGCGCGGCAGUCACGGUUCGUACCGUGCGGGUACACCAUCGCGUCGUUGUCCAUGGUCCUCAAGUUCCUGAUCGGCCCGGUGAUCAUGCUGCUCGUCUCGCUCGCCAUCGGGAUGCACGGCACCCUUCUGCACAUUGCUGUUGUACAGGCGGCGCUCCCCCUGGCCGUGACCUCGUUCGUGUACGCGGAGGAGUACAAGGUCCACGCCGACAUCAUGAGCACUGGGGUUAUUCUGGGGAUAUUCAUCUCGCUGCCUGUCACGAUUGUGUACUACAUACUGUUGGGGCUGUGAUCAAGGAGAAUGGUUGAGUUGCAUGUGGGGAAAUAGGUACAGAUUGAGGCAGCGCGCACCCGGAGAUUGAAUAGGUCAACCGACGAUCACUGGCUGGACAGACAGCUGAGAAGAUUUAGGCGCGACGACGCCAAGGAAAUUACAAUUACUGAUGCUGUCAAAAAAUAAGAGAGGUGAACAAGCAUUUUGAGUAGCAGUAGAUGGUAGUUUAUGUGUUGAAACAUUUCAAUGUACAGUGAGAAACCGAAAACUAGCUUAUGUCAUUUUUUUAAAAAAAAAA